CUUCCUCCGGAACACAGCUGGAGCAGAUGUUGCACCUGGAGGGGGCCCCUCCCCUCCCCUCCCUUCCUCCCUCUUGCUAUUUUGCAGGCGCUUUGUUGGCUGAAGGUUCCGUCGGGUUUGCGGGAGCCAAGGACGCGGGGGCAGCUUUGCGGCUUAUUUGGAGAAGGAAGGGUGCGUCCCACCAGUGGGCAGAUCAUGGCCCAACUGCCGGUGAAAAAACGGCGCCCUCCUCGGGCUGAGCCGGUUCAGCCAGCUAACUCCGAGUACCCGGUGCGUUUCCCAGAAGUGGUGGUUGGCCUGGUUAAGAAAAGGAUGGGCACCAGCCGGAAAACGUUCCUCACCUCCUUGGCUCGCAGUAGAGGCUUCUGUGUAGACGAUCCCUGCAGUGAGAAAGUGACUCACAUUGUGUCCGAAGGCAAUUCUGGAGACGAGGUGGUUGAGUGGCUGAAGAAGAACGGGAGGCCACCUGCCGAAGCUGUAGGAGAUGGGCCAGCUCUGCUGGAUCUCAGCUGGUUCACGGAGAGCAUGAGUGGCGGGCGGCCCGUUGAGAUUGAACCCAGGCACCGAUUGAAGGAUGACUUGGACACUUCCGAAGCGUCUCCCCUGUUCCCUUUUGUCCAGGUGGCCACUCCUGCAGAGCCACUAGAAGGAAAGGGCCAGGUGGCUCCCUACAUCUGCCAGAGACGGACUCCCCUGCGGCACCACAACUCUGCCCUCACGGAUGCCCUCGAAAUAAUGGCGGAAGAGGCGAAAUUCGGUGGCAGUGACGUUCGCAGCUUGGCCUUUUCCAGGGCGGCUUCGGUGCUGAAGGCCCUGCCCUGGAAGGUCGAGCGGAUUCAGCAACUCCACACCGUGCCCUGCAUUGGAGAGCAUUCCCGGAGAAUCCUCCAGGAAAUGCUGGAAGAUGGGAUGUCUGCAGAGGUGGAGAAAGUCAGACAAUCGGAAAGAUACCGGACGAUGAAGCUUUUCACGAAGAUCUUUGGAAUUGGGGUAAAAAUAGCCAGCCAGUGGUAUCAGGAAGGACUCCGGACGCUCGCCGACUUACAGCUGCACCAGAUAAAACUGAACAAAGAACAACAAGCAGGACUUCUUCAUUAUGAAGACCUCAAUACCCCCGUGGAGCUCUGGGAAGCCGAGGCCAUCAGCCAGGUGGUCCGCCAGGUGAUUGAGCAGAUUCUGCCUGGAGCGACAGUCACGCUGACCGGAGGAUUUAGGAGAGGGAAGUCAUGCGGCCAUGAUGUGGACCUCCUCAUCACCCAUGCUUCCGAAGGUGAAGAAAUGGGACUCUUGCCCAAAAUCAUCGGUAUCCUGGAUAGGCAGGGCUUCUUGCUGUAUCACAGUUUCCACCAAAGCAGCCUCCCCUCCCUCGAAGACGAAGAGCUGUGGGUUAGCGGCGGUUCGAGCACCAUGGACCACUUCGAACGCUGCCUCUCCAUCUUCCAUCUCGGGGACCCUGCUGGAAGCCAUCCAGGCGCCGCUUCUGGUGUUCAGGAGCUUGGCCCUUCGGUGGGGUCUGGCACGUCCUCCUGUCCCCGGAAAGCUGUGCGGGUGGACUUGGUUGUGACCCCCUACAGCCAGUUUCCGUUUGCUUUGCUCGGCUGGACCGGCUCACGGAAUUUUGAACGAGACCUCCGCCGUUUCUCUAAGCGGGAGAAGAAGAUGACCCUCAACAGCCAUGGCCUCUUUCACCUGGAGCAGGAAGGGGAGAGCAGGAUGGGAUUAGUGCCAGAAAACUGCCUGGUGUUGAAGGCGGGCUGGAGACUUAGUGCAAAGACGCCGCACCCCUGGAUGGAAGCAAAGUGGACCCCCGUAGCUGUUUCCUUUUGUUGGGGCUGUUCCUUGGAUCCCUGACAGUUUAGUUGCAAAAGUGAUGUCGUGUCCCACUCCUCCGCUGACGGCCGGGUCAGGGAAAUCCGAAUCAGGCUUGCCUCUGCAGCUCUGCCCAAAGUCCUAGCAAAGUCCUCAGAGCAGGCAGGAGACCAGAAAGUGACUUCAGCAAGAUAUGUUUAGACUUUGCCUGACUCAGAGACUGCCAGAAAGCAGAUCCUUUAUAUAGGCCAUGGGGUGUGGCUCCAUGACUCAGCACUCAUUAAGGCCUGCCCCUCCCUUCCUUCUGUUGCCUCCGCCUAUCCAGUCUUCUGAUGCGAGGGUCACUCCAAUCAGCAGCUGUUGGGAAUAAACCCUCCUCAGGCUCACAUGCUGUGGAGGAGGGGGAGGGGUCUAGCUGCUCCGUUUGCAUGGGCAUGGAGCCAGGGCUGGGACCGGGGGAUGCUCCCUCCUCUGCAGCCUGCUUGGGCAUGGAGCCAGGGCUGGGACCGGGAGGUGCCCCCUCCUCUGCAGCUUGUCUGGGCAUGGAGCCAGAACUGGGGCCGGGAGGCAUACAUUCCUCCGUUUUCGGGAGCAGAUAAGCAGACCCCGGCUGCGGUGAGAGCGGACAAGACACAACAAGUAUAUAUAAGUAUAAGCAUGAAAUAACCAUACGAAUUGGAUACAAUCAAAGGGAACAUUAGGACAUUACAUUAUAAUAUAAUAUAUAUAAUAUAAUAUAUAAUAUAAUAUAUUAUAUAUAAUAAUACAACACAACACAAUACAAUAUAAUAUAUAAUGUAAUAAUAAGGAACAUUAGUGCCUUAUGUGCCUCUAGAUGUUUUUAUAAGGCACUUUUCACCUUCUCUUUAUAUCUUUAGACAUUCUUUCCCCUGACAUCCCAGAUUGUGCCCUCCAGCGGGAAGCGAAACGUUUUCAAAGAAAACCUCAGAAAAUCCAGUUGCCUCUUGUUAAAAGCAUCUUUGGGACAACCUGGAGGACUUGAGAAUCUCCAUAGACACCUUUGAAAACCUUUCAGCCCCCUCUGUGCCUACAGGUUGACUCUACUAAAUGUCUGUGGAGAUUCUCCA